CAAGAAAGAAAAAAACUACAAACUAAAAAACUAGAUACAUUUAUUUAGGUUAUUGUCAACUACGCUUUGGCGUAAAGAGAAUAUAUUGUCAUGAGCGUUAUGAAGUCUAUAUGUUCUUUAAAUCCGCGUCUGAAAUGUUUGCCAUCAUUGAGAAUUUUAUACUACCCUACAACUAAUCCUAGUCCAGCUUACUCUACAGAAGCACCACCACCAGAAGAGCCUGUCGUAGAUUUUGUUCCUAAAAUUCAGCGUCCUGGAAGGCAAUCACUUUAUGAACCUGACUACCUUGAUAUUCUGAAACCUAAGAUUCCUAAACAUGAUAUACUUAAUUUCAAGCUUAAGGGGUAUGACUAUGCUGUACUUGAGAGACUUCAACAAAUUCUCCAUAAAUAUUUUAUUCAUAUGGGAGUAACUGUUGCUGAUUCGUUUGCACGGAGAGCUGAAUCAUUCAAAAUUCAAAGAUUUGAGCCAAAUACAUCAAAGGCAAUGACGGAAUUCAAUUUAAAAGAAUAUGAAAGAGUGAUUCAGGUCUCUGAUCUUCCUGCCUCUAAACUUGGCACAGUUAUAGAAGUAAUUCAAGCUGCUAUCCCUACUGGUGUUACGUGCUCGAUUGUUGAGAAUACAGAGGAAGAAAUAAAGUCAAGAUACAUCCCAGACCGAGAAAUGAAUGCCUUGCAACAGGAACUUGAAGAACUUGGUGGCCCUUCGCAAUUUGCUAAGCAAAAGGAGCUGAAGGAAAAGCAUAGAAUUAGAUAAAUUAUGUUACAUUUCUUUUGUUAGUGCGCAUUUCAAUAAAUCUUUAAAAUCAG